AAGCAACGAUUGCAAGAUAUUAACUCCGAGCCAAGCUCAAGACGGAUAUUUUUAUUACAUAUCAUAUUCAGUUGUCUCACCUUUCAUCACUGCAGAAAGCCCCAAAAAACAUGCAUCGCCGUGUCUCUUCUACUGCUACAACGGCAAUUUUGCUGUUCGGCAUUCUUGUUUUCUCAUUGUUGCCUGAGUUUGCAUCCUGCAUGACAAGACACUAUACUUUCAACAUUGUGCAACACAAUGUGACACGAUUGUGCACGACAAAGAGCAUUAUCAGCGUUAAUGGGAAGUUUCCCGGCCCUAGACUUAUUGCGAGGGAAGGUGAUCAGGUACUGGUUAAGGUGGUCAACAAUGUGAUGAACAAUGUUACUAUUCACUGGCACGGGGUGCGGCAACUGAGAAGUGGAUGGGCUGAUGGACCAGCUUAUGUAACCCAAUGUCCGAUACAGACUGGGCAGAGUUACACUUACAACUUCACAAUCACUGGGCAGAGAGGUACUCUUUUCUGGCAUGCUCACAUCUCAUGGCUGAGAGCAACACUUUAUGGACCAAUAAUCAUCCUCCCAAGACAAAAUGAAUCUUACCCCUUCAGAAAACCAUACAAGGAAGUUCCCAUCAUAUUUGGGGAAUGGUGGAAUGUGGACCCCGAGGCGGUUAUUAAUCAGGCUCUUCAGACAGGAGGAGGUCCAAAUGUUUCAGAUGCAUACACUAUUAACGGACUUCCAGGGCCCUUGUACAAUUGUUCCUCCAAAGAUACGUUCAAACUCAAAGUGAAGCCAGGGAAGACAUAUAUGCUUCGGCUAAUAAAUGCUGCCAUGAAUGAUGAACUAUUUUUCAGCAUUGCCAACCAUAAUGUCACCAUUGUUGAAGCUGAUGCAGUGUAUGUCAAACCAUUUGUUACUAGUGUGGUAUUCAUAACCCCAGGCCAAACCACCAAUGUUCUACUCAAAACAAAGCCUUACUACCCAAAUGCCACCUUCCUCAUGGCUGCAAGGCCAUAUUUCACGGGCCAGGGCACUUUUGACAAUUCUACUGUUGCUGGUUUUCUUGAAUACGAACACCCCUUACAUAUCUCAUUUGACAAGAAUAAGACAAUCUUCAAGCCUAGUCUGCCACCAAUAAACGCCACCGGAGUUGUUGCCAAUUUCACCAAGAUGUUCCGCAGCUUAAAUAGCCCAAAAUAUACAGCAAAUGUACCACAAACUGUGGACAAGCAGUUCUUUUUCACCGUGGGGCUUGGGUCCAGUCCCUGUCCUCAAAAUGCAACAUGUCAAGGACCCAAUGGAACAAAAUUUGCAGCUUCAGUCAAUAAUGUUUCUUUUGCUCUUCCUACAACAGCUCUGUUGCAAGCCUACUUCUCCAAAAACUCUUAUGGAAUUUACACCACUGAUUUCCCGAGCAAUCCACCAAAUCCAUUUAACUACACUGGAUCACCACCGAACAACACCCAAGUGAGUAAUGGAACUCGCGUCGUUGUUCUGCCUUUCAAUACUAGUGUGGAACUAGUUCUGCAGGAUACAAGCAUUCUUGGAGCCGAGAGUCAUCCUCUUCACCUACAUGGUUUCAAUUUCUUUGUUGUGGGUGAAGGAUUUGGAAAUUAUGAUCCAUACAAGGAUCCUGCAAAUUUUAAUUUGGUGGAUCCUGUUGAAAGGAAUACAAUAGGUGUUCCAUCUGGUGGCUGGGUGGCCAUUCGUUUCCUAGCAGACAAUCCAGGAGUAUGGUUUAUGCACUGCCACUUUGAUGUACACACAAGUUGGGGGUUGAGAAUGGCCUGGAUUGUACUAGAUGGGCAGCUACCAAGUCAAAAAUUACCACCACCGCCUUCUGAUCUUCCCAAGUGUUGACAGAGAUCUGAAUUCCCAUGGACUCCAGACCUUUGAGUUUACCUAUCCUUUUCGUCCGGCUAAUGUUAUUUGUUUUCAUUUUGGUUGCUAG